UCGCGUAAGACUGGGGCGACUUGACGAGAAUCCAAGAUGGCGAACCGAACAGUUGCGGACGCCAAAAACAUUAAGGGAACAAAUCCGCAAUAUCUCGUCGAGAAAAUCAUCAGAACAAGAAUAUAUGAGAGCAAAUACUGGAAGGAACAAUGUUUUGCCCUUACAGCUGAAUUGCUUGUUGACAAAGCUAUGGAGCUCGAUCACAUAGGUGGAACAUUUGGAGGCAACAUCAAGCCAACUCCUUUCCUUUGUUUGCUGCUAAAAAUGCUACAGAUUCAGCCAGAAAAAGAGAUUAUAGUGGAGUUCAUCAAAAAUGAUGAUUACAAGUAUGUGCGUGCUCUUGGGGCAAUGUACAUGAGACUGGUGGGGACAGCCCUUGAUUGCUACAACUACUUGGAGCCUUUAUUUAAUGACUACAGAAAACUGAAGAGGAUGAGCCAAACAGGAGUCUAUGAAGUGGUCCACAUGGAUGAAUUCAUAGAUGAUUUGCUGAGGGAGGACAGAGUUAAUGACAUAAUUUUACCCAGAAUACAGGCAAGACAUAUUCUGGAAGCAACAAAUACCCUCGAACCAAGGAGAAGUCUGUUAGAAGAUGAUUUGGAGGACAUGGAGUCAGAGGAGGAAGAGGAGGAAGAAGAACACAAGGAAUCUCCUGUCCACCACCGUAGCCUCUCACCAGAGCCGAGACGUGGGUACCGCGACCAACGCCGGAGAAGCCACUCCCCUGCUCACCACAGACGAAGUCGAUCACGAUCGCGUAGCCGCUCUCCCAGAAGAAGACGAAGAAGCCGUAGUCCCCGAAGACGCCGCCGCUCUCGCUCGUCUUCGCCACAUCAUCGCAGCCACCGAAGUCGUAGUCGGUCACGUUCGCCGCGCCGUCGGCACUCUCGAUCACGUUCGCCUACUCAUCGGCGGCACCGAUCGCGAUCUCAUUCGCCCGAAAAGAAAAAGCACAAGAAGAAGGAGAAGAAAGAGAAAGACGAGAAGAGGAAAAGCCGAGCCGAGGACGAGGGCUUGACUAAAGAACAGCUCGAAAUUAAAGAAGCGAACGAACUUAGAGCCUCUUUGGGGCUCAAGCCGUUAAAAUAGCAUGACUAUUGAUAGACAUUUCGUAUUGUUACUGUGUAUUUUUGUUCCAUGAGGAUGACUGUGACAAACCAGCGUCCUCCCCAGAUCCAUCCCAAGUCUACAGUAUAUCCGAAUUUAGAUCGUCUUUCGCCAUUUUGUACACGGCUAUAUAAAACAACCAAAGAACGCAAAUUAGGCUGAGUCACUAGUAACUUGUUGUGCCUGUGGAAAUGCGAAGAAAGCUAUGAAGGAGAACUUUUUUUAUGCUAAUUCUAACACAAGUUCGUUUCCUACAUACUCCCUUGCCAGUGACGGGGUUGUACAGUCGGCCAUUUGGUUAGGAAGAGUAGCGGAAUUCCGAAAUAAAAGUUCAGUUCCCUUCCAUCGCCACACUAUCAUAGCAAGAGCCCCUGACAUUACCUUGUAUGUUUUGUACUAUUGUCUUUGUUUUGCCAUGUAGGAAAAGAAAAAAAAAAGAAAAUAUACAUUUUUGAACCUUGACUGCAUAAGUACUGCAAAUUGUUGAAAAAAAAAAUGAUCAGGAUAA